ACAUUGCAUCUGUCCCUUCACAUUCUACACCUUUCUCUCCUACCAAAAAAACACAACCUCCUUCAAAUCUUCAUCAUGUCUGGCUACUCCAACGUUGGUAACCGUGGCGUCUACGAGGCUGGCGACCAGAGGAACGUCUCUGAGGCUGAGCGCAAGGCCGAGGAGUCUGACCCCUACAACGAGGGCAAGGAGAACUCCCACAACAACCUCGACUCUAAGGAUGAGCGAUCCAUCGCCAACCGACUCGCUGCUGAGGAGAAGAAGUCCGAGUCUGGCGACGAUACUGAGACUGCCCAAUUAAAGAAGGACCCUACCCUGCCUGCUCGCGCUCACGGUAACGAACCCUCCAAGGGCGCCAAGAUUGAUGCUCAGUUGCAAGCUGAGGAGGAAGAGGAGCUGAAGCGCAAGGGCAAGGCUUAAUUGUAAAAAUACAUGGAUCACGGCCGCUUCAUUGCAGGCAAAUGAUGCGGAAGGGAUGAAUUAAUGAACAAUAAUUGAAGCCACUUGAG